GCGAAGCUAGUCGACACUAGCCGUAAUAUUGCUAUCCAUUUAAACUAAGUAAAAUACUGAUUGAAAUAACGAGCCUUUGUGCUAUUUUUUUACAAAUAAGAAUAAUGUAUUCGAGUAUAACUCUAUGACAAGUGUUUAAAUGUUGUUUGUUUGUCUAUUUGUAGAUUUUAUAUGCAUUUUUCAUUUAUUUAUGUGUAUAAAGUAUGUACUUACAGAUAUUUUUAUAAACAAAAUUGAAACUGUCUCUGUAAAUAAGUUAUUGUCGACUGAAGAUUUUUAUAGUCACAUCGCUAUGCUGAAAUGACAGCAUCAACCAUCGAUUCAUUGAUUUUGCAGCAUCACUAGUAAAUGCCUAUGUGUGUAGUGGAAGUUCGUUGUUUGUGUUAUCUAUCAUGUUUUUAUCAAAAAAGUGAUGUUUACGGACUUGUUUGGGAUAAAAUCUACACAUUUUCAGUGAAUGGUUCAUCUGAAUGUCAAGAAAAGAAAAAUGUCCCGCCAUGAGAAAGCAAAAAGUGGCUUUCUGGACACAUGGUUCGGGCGUCCGAAGAAGACUGGCGGUGGCGUGGAGCGCGGCUACGACACGGUGCCGCGCGGCGCCGAGCCCCGGGCUGAUGAUGAAGAACCGAGCGCCGCCGCCGAGUACCGCAGCAAGGUGGACGCGCUCGAUGACGCCCAGCUUCAGCGGCGAUUCGAGGAGAUGCUGUCGGAUAUGAACCUUAGCGAAGAGAAGAAGGCUCCUCUCAGAAAAUACUCGAAGGACCAAAAGAAGCAAAUGCUCGUUGCGUACAAAUUCGUCAAUGCACAAGAAGGUCGUUCCAAAUUUGAAAAGCCUUCGGACUACGUAGCAUAUCUGUCCCAACCUGAAUUGUCUGUGGGAAAACUGCACAGCUGCUUGGAGAAUCUCAGGAUAGCUCUCACCAACAAUCCUCUAUCGUGGAUCGAAGAGUUCGGACCUAAAGGCAUAGAAACUCUUUUGACUACACUCAACUUGUGCUACACAAAUGACUCUCGCUACGACCGCGUGCAGUACGAGUGUAUAAGAUGCCUGUCCGCCAUAUUGAAUAACACUGUCGGGAUUCGAACAGUGUUCGAGUGUAGGGAAGCAUUGCCUGUGUUGGCUCGUAGUCUCGACGCUAGAAAACCACACUGCGCCAUGGAGGCCGCUAAAGUGUUAGCAGCGAUAUGUCUCAUCCCUAAUGGACACGAGAAGGUUCUAGAAGCGAUUACGAUGGCCGGUGAGUCCAGUAGGAAACCAAGGAUGCUGCCAAUCGUCGAGGGACUGGUCACUAAAGCACCUGAGAGCCUGAAGAAUGGCUGCAUGCAAUUGAUGAACGCAAUAAUCACCGAACCGGAAGAACUCGAAUUCAGAAUGCAUUUACGAAGCGAAUUCAUGAGAACUGGCCUGUAUGAUAUGAUCGAUGAGCUGAGGGCGGGCGCUGAGGGAUCUCGUCAAAUACAGAUGAACGUGUUCGAUACUCACGCCGCCGCCGAUCAGGACGAGUUCUUGGCGAAGUUCGAUGACGUCAGGUAAUUUUAAACGCAAAUUAUAUGUGAUGGAAUAUAAUGACCCACUUAUUUUUUACAUUUUUUUUAUUCUUAAUUAAAAAAAUCACAAAGGUGGUCUUAAUACCUAA